AUGAGUUGUAUCCGUAAAUAUUCUCAAUACAUACGAGGUGUAGGGUUAUUCAUAGAGUUUGUGCAUAAAUAUGGCGGCGAUAGUUCAUUAUUUUCAUGCCCUUGUAGACAUUGCAAGAAUAGUAAAGGAUUAGAGCCGCUUAGUGAAAUUUCAUUUCAUUUACUAAGACAUGGUAUUGAUUUGACAUAUACGGUGUGGUGUUUUCAUGGGGAAAGAUCAGUAGAAGCUGAGCGGGUUGGAGGUAUAGCUUCCAGUGUAGGAGAAGAUGUAGCUGCGACUGUAGGAGAAGAUGUAGCUGACGAUGUAGGAGUAGAUGUAGCUGAAAAUAUAGGAGGAGAUGUAGUAUCUGAUCAUAUAGUCCAACCUGAUGUAGAAGGUGUAGAUGAUAAUGGUGGAUUACAUGAUACUGUUCAUUGUCCUGAUGAAACCAGACGCAGUAGGAAGCGUAAAUCUGCAUAUGAUCGUGCUAGGGAACCAUUGUACAAUUCAUGUCCAUCAAGAAAGACAAUAUUGAAUGUUUUUAUAAAAUUGAAUGACAUUAAGACCCAGUAUGGGUUUUCAGACAACGGUGUCACUGCACUUUUAGAAAUGAUGAAGGAGUUGCUUCCCGAAGGAAUCACACUCCCAGCUAAGUACCCUGAACUAAAAAAGAUGAUCCAAGAAUUAGGAAUGGAUUAUAUAACUUACGAUGCAUGCAUAAAUGACUGCACUUUGUAUUGGAAGGAUAGAAGUGAAAUGCUUAAGUGUCAUGUUUGUAAUGAACCUAGGUAUAAGAAAGUUUUCAAUGAGGAGAGAAAACUUACUAAAGUUUCUCCAAAGACUUUAAGACACUUUCCAUUAAUUCCUAGGCUGCAGCGGCUGUACAGCGUGUCAUAG